AUGAAACUUAGGCUAGAAGUACGUGCCAUUCUCUUGCUGCCUGUGUACUUGUUGAUAUCUGUGUACAGUAUGCUUGUAUUUAUUCCAUGGUAUUUUCUUACCAAUGCGAAGAAGAAAAAGGCUAUGGCAAAACGUUUAAAAGCUAAACCCAUCUCGGACAAACCUGGAAGCCCCUACCGUUCUGUCACUCAUCUUGACUCACUAGCAAACAUUAACAUUCCUGGAGCAGACACGUUGGACAAGCUGUUUGACCAUGCUUUAGCAAAGUUUGGGAAGAAGGACUGUCUUGGGACCAGAGAAAUACUGAGUGAAGAAAAUGAAAUGCAACCAAAUGGAAAAGUGUUCAAAAAGUUAAUUUUAGGUACUUACAGAUGGUUAUCCUAUGAAGAAGUAAAUGAGAAAGUGAAUCGCUUGGGGAGUGGACUGACUGCCCUGGGACUAACCCCAAAGAGUACUGUUGUCAUAUUCUGUGAGACCCGAGCAGAGUGGAUGAUUGCAGCUCUCACCUGCUUCAAGUACAACUUUCCUCUUGUUACGUUGUAUGCCACCUUGGGUGAAGAGGCAGUAACCUAUGGUCUCAAUGAGUGUGGAGCAUCGUAUCUGGUCACUAGUGUAGAACUUCUUGAGAGCAAACUUAAGACUGCAUUGCAACAAGUCUCCUGUCUUAAACAUAUCAUUUAUGUGGACAAGAAGACUAUCAAUAAAUCGGAAUACCCUGAAAAUGUGGAGAUUCAUAGUAUGCAGACAAUAGAAGAGCUGGGAGCCAAACCAGAAAACUCAAGCAUUCUGCCAAGCAGACCUGUUCCUACAGACUUGGCUUUAGUAAUGUACACCAGUGGCUCUACUGGGAGACCUAAAGGAGUGAUGAUGAUGCAUAAAAACUUAAUAGCUGGAAUGACGGGACAGUGCGAGAGAAUACCUGGACUGGGACCCAAGGAUACUUACAUCGGUUAUUUGCCUCUGGCCCAUGUAUUAGAAUUGACUGCAGAAAUCUCUUGCCUCACUUACGGCUGCCGGAUUGGCUAUUCCUCUCCACUCACACUAUCGGAUCAGUCAAGUAAGAUUAAGAAGGGAAGCAAAGGAGACUGUACUGUACUUAAGCCUACCCUGGUGGCAGCUGUGCCUGAAAUAAUGGACAGAAUCUAUAAAAAUGUCAUGAGUAAAGUUCAAGAGAUGAACUAUAUUCAGAGAACGCUGUUCAAGAUAGGAUAUGACUACAAAUUGGAACAAAUCAAGAGGGGAUACGAUGCACCUCUGUGUAACGUACUAUUGUUUAAGAAAGUAAAGGCACUACUGGGAGGGAAUGUCCGUAUGAUGCUUUCUGGAGGAGCACCACUCUCGCCUCAAACACAAAGAUUCAUGAAUGUCUGUUUUUGCUGUCCUGUUGGUCAAGGCUAUGGACUAACAGAAACAUGUGGAGCUGGAACAAUUACAGAAGCUGCUGAUUACAGCACUGGCAGAGUUGGAGCUCCUCUUAUUUGUUGUGAAAUAAAACUGAGAGACUGGCAAGAAGGGGGCUACACUAAUAAAGACAAGCCUAAUCCUAGAGGAGAAAUUAUAAUUGGUGGACCUAACGUCUCAAUGGGAUAUUUUAAAAAUGAAGAGAAGACAACAGAAGAGUUCUCCAUUGAUGAGAACGGUCAGAGAUGGUUCUGUACAGGAGAUAUAGGGGAAUUUCAUCCGGAUGGGUGUCUGCAGAUCAUAGAUCGUAAGAAAGACUUGGUAAAGCUACAAGCAGGAGAAUAUGUAUCUCUGGGCAAAGUAGAGGCAGCACUGAAGAACUGUCCAUUGAUUGACAAUAUCUGUGCUUAUGCCAAAAGCGACCAGUCUUACGUGAUCAGCUUUGUGGUUCCUAAUCAGAAGAAGCUGACGGCAUUAGCUGAGCAGAAGGGCAUCGGUGGAACCUGGGUAGAUAUUUGUAACCAUCCUACAAUGGAAGCUGAAAUACUGCAAGAGAUUAAAGAAGUGGCAAACAAAAUGAAAUUGGAAAGGUUUGAAAUACCCAUCAAAGUACGGUUAAGCCCUGAACCAUGGACCCCAGAGACUGGGUUAGUAACAGAUGCUUUCAAGCUGAAAAGGAAAGAACUGAAAAACCAUUACCUCAACGACAUCGAAAGAAUGUAUGGAGGCAAAUAAGCAAGUUAUGUUGACCAGACGGUUGUGCAGAUGGUUCCUUCUCAUGCCUCAAUUUUGGAUGUCUGUGUAUACUGUAGAUGUCACACAUUCAGAAAAUAUAUGAAAUGGAUGAAUGUUUCUAUAUAUUGAGUACAACAGUCAGUAUCUUAGAUUACAAAUUCUUAAUUAUUAGCAGACUAGACGCUGAUGGUCUUCAUAGAGUUUCAUGUGAUCAUCUCCAGUUUUGAGACAGGCAUCAUUAUGUGAAGCAGUAGGACCAGGUAAUUUUAUUAUUAUUGUUUCUCUAGUGUAUUCAGACUGCUUGCAACUUCUCUUUCAUUCAUUCUGAAGUCUGGCCUAUAUUUCAAAGAGAAAAAUGAAUGUAAUUGUGAUCAUUCUUCUGUCAUAGUAAGAUACUUAGUGAGGGAGGAAAAAAAGAGUAUUUAAAGUCUACCCCUCUCCAUCUAAAAACAAAACCAAGACAACAUUAGUCAAGAACUUGCUAGAGAUCAGUAAUAAUGCACUGCUUGAGAAUGGAUGGAUUCUUCUGCACGUCAGUUAGUAUCUUGAAUAUUUACAGUGCCUAAAAAAGACUACGAAGUACACUUACUGAAAAAAGGUGAACUGAAAAGCUUUCUAAAAACAAGUUAUUUGAAAUUUCAUUCAAAAGGUGUUGAAUUAACUAUUUCAACUUCCAGCUCACCAAAUAUGUUUUUACUUGCCACUGUGUUUUAAUUCAAGCAGAGCUUUCCACUAGGACACACAGCAUAAAAGACGACGAAGACUUGCGCUGCUACAGGAGGCACUGAUGAGAAAUCAUCACCUGAAUGCAGAAUGCAAAACUUGCAUCUUGCCUGGCAAACAACAGUGAAAUUGAUGGGCAGUUGCCUCUAAGCAGCUUUGAAACUCAGAGGAGUUUUGGGUGUUUUUUUUUUUUUGAGGGGUGGUUGGUGGUUUUGUUUUUAAGGCACUGAUCCUCUAGACCUUCACAUACAUGUGAGUAAUAGUACAGGUUACCUGUAUGUUAUUUAGAGGAUCAGGCUCUAAAUGUCUGUUAAUCGCUUUGUGGAAAGGUAUUUCCGUUCACCUUUUAAAUAUGGUAAGCGUAACAAGGCAACCGGAAACCAGCAGUAGUUUCCCCAUGUAGUCUUGUUUCACUUACGGAAAAGGAGUCUGUGACCAGGGAAUCUUUGUUUUAUGGAACUUGUAAAAAGGGACAAAUCACUCUUUACAGAAAUUCAUUAUGAAAAUGUUCUCUUAUUAACUGGAAGUCAUGGAUGUGAAGAAGAGGGAAGAUACAAUUUAAUAAUAGUUCAUCAUUUUGUGUGCAGAAUCCUGUACUGUGUCCUGCAUCCCUGCUCACUCUUCACACUUGAACCAUAAAUGCUGUAAAAAGCAGAGGCUCUUGAUACUGUUCUACUUUGCACUUUCUUAAUCGUUUUAUAUAUGUUGCUUACAUUUUGUACAGCUGUGGCCCUCAACUGCUAUAUAUUAGAAAUUCAUUUUAAAGUAUUUAUAGAUUACUAUUCAUAAUAUUUGUGUUGUGUAUAUGAUGGUUAAAAAGAAAAAUUAUUUGGUAUUGUCACUGUACAGAAAGUAAAUGAUUUUGUACGAUGCUUCUCACGAACGUGCUAGCUUGCAAUUUCGGAGCAAGUUUUUCCCUUUAUUGCAUGUAUGUAUAUUUUUCUUUUUUCCAGUUCAAACAGAUUUUGGCAAAAAUAAAUCAUGGCUAUACACUCAUUACCUAAACCAUCCCUUCUUCUUGGGACCAACUUCAGACAUCCCCAUGCAUAACUUUCUCUGGCCAGUCCAGAACAUUGCCAGCUCAUCUUACAAGAACCCCCAGGGGAAAGGGAAAAAGAAAAUCUGGUACAUGAAGCUGACUGUAUCUAGUUGCACAUGGAACUACAACAGUCACUAAAAGGAACGAGGAAAUAGCUUUUUCUAAAAAAGAAACUAUUUUUUUUUAAGACACAUACAGUUGUUUUACAACAGGAAAUAUUUCCAUAUCAGUAGCAUCUUUUUAAAUGACUCAGUCCUCGAGCCAUGUUACUGAUUUUUCUGUGUUUAAAAUUGGUUGCUAUUAAAUAGCCUUUAGUCAGCCUGUUAGCAUCACAAAAGUUAAAUACAUGUAAGAAAGUUACUUGCACUUGAGUCUGUCAGCAGGUUGUAUGAUUUUUUUUUAAACCAUGAAUGUAUUUAUAUGAAAUGUCUUUUAAUC